AUGUUCUUCAAUACAAUUGCAGACUCCGUCGAAGAUAACGCCGAUUUAGCUGCUCAGGCAGUCGGCGUCGCUCAUCGUACCCAAAAUGGGGUUCUUGAUGCUAUUGGUAUUAACGGUAUCUUACCCACUCCCAUCAGGGAUCUCAACGACAAGGUCUACGACGCAAACGAAAACCUAGUGCGCGAAACCGGGCGUAAGACUGCUACAUUGUUGCGAAAGUUCGAUGGCUCGAGCAAACAUCCUCAGGACGAAGAGGGGAUGAAGCCAGAUGACAGGCCAGGUGCUAGUCCAAGCAAUAGAGGACCUCAUCCCUCCCGCCCGGAUUCUCGUGACCAUUUGUACAUGUAUACUGACAAGCCUCUGGGCCCCUAUGUUGACCUUCGAAGUGGUUGCCCAGAGGUAUAUAAUCAGCGGCAUAUGAUGAGUUGUACCGCUCAUGCUGUCGCUGCCGCAUUUGAAUUUGAUGUCAUGAAGCAAGGUUUACCCCCUUUUUCACCCUCCAGACUUUUCAUUUGGUACAACGCUCGUGCUAAACACGGAGACACUGGGAAAGACGUUGGUAGCAAUCUGAGGGAUGCUAUCACUUCCCUUAACAUGAAACAACAUGGUGUCUGCUCCGAGGAUGAUUGGUCUUACGAAGUUAGUGAAAGCGAUAAGAAGACGCAUAUAUUCCACCCUGGUGCUAAGGCAGCAACGAAGCCGCCUAUUCGCAGAGAACAUGCCCACCAGCACACCGCACCAUCCUACAAAACAUUCGAGAAGGCCACUGUGAAGGUGCUUAAACAUUGCCUUAAUGAAGGAUAUCCUUUCGUCUUCGGAAUGAAAACCUACGGCCUCCUCCAUGGAAACCGUAUUGGUCCAGAUGGAUAUGGGCUCAAAAAGGACCCAGACAGAAAGGACAUGAAGGAAGAGCAUAGACAUUCACUCCUAGCGGUUGGCUACAAGGAGGAAGAGAAAGUAUUCAUCAUUCGCAACUCAUGGGGGGCCGACUGGGGCGAGGAUGGCUAUUUUUAUAUGCCAUACCACUGGUUGAACCAUUGCUAUGAUUUCUGGACUAUUCGCCUUGUGAAGUAUAAUCCCGAGAAACAUUGA